AUGGCCAACGUUCCCGUCACAACCCGCCGCGCCUACCGCCGGACCGACGACCACACCCCCGGCACACCAAAGGUCAAACUCGUCACCGAACCCCUUCCACUCCCGCUCCCCGCAACCUCCGUCCUGAUCAAAGUCCACGCCGUCUCCCUCAACUACAGAGAUGCCAACAUCGCCAACGGCGGCAACCCCUGGCCCGUGACUCCCCAUGGCGUCCCGUGCAACGACGCAGCCGGCGAAGUGAUAGCCGUCGGCGACGGAGUAACGACCUUGUCGCUUGGAGACCGGGUAGCGCCCAUCACUGACACGGAGAACCUCACCGGGCGAGAGACGGCCCGGUCGUGGCUGGCCGCCGACGAGGACGGCGUGCUGGCGGACUAUCUGGUGUUUGACGAGAAAAAGGUCUGCAAGCUGCCGGCCCAUUUGGACUGGAUCCAGGCGAGCAUCAUACCUUGCGCCGGCGUGACAGCCUGGGCUGCGCUGAAGGACGUUGGCUUCGGGAAGUCCGUCUUGAUUCAAGGUACUGGCGGUGUCAGCAUGUUCGCGCUCAAGCUUGCGAGGGCAGCGGGGCUGAAGGUCAUUUUGACUUCGUCGAGUGACGAGAAGCUCAAGAGCAUGCGAGAGAAGUUCCCAAACCCACCGCUUUUGACUGUCAAUUACGGCAAGAACCCGGCAUGGCACGAGGAGGUCCUCAAACUUACUGAUGGCGCUGGCGUCGAUCUUGUGAUUGAGGUUGGGGGAACGCAGUCGCUCGUCAAGAGCUUGAAGUGUACACGGCGGGGCGGGGUGAUUAGCCAGGUCGGCUAUCUCAGCAAGCAGGAUGUGAACGAAUUGUCAGAGCUUCUCCCACUACUGAUCGAUAGGAGAGUAAAUUUGAGAGGAAUCAAUGCUGGGUCAAAGCAGGAUAUGGACGAUCUUGUCGCCGCUAUCUCUGCUACACAAAUGACGUUCGACGAUAUCAUAGACUCAGUCUAUCCAUUUGAUAAGGCUGACGAGGCUAUAGAAUUUAUUUGGCAGGGUAGGCAAGUGGGAAAGCUCGUCAUUCGUCUGGAUUAG